GUCCUUAUUAGGGAAUGAGACUCCAGGGGGCGUGCCCAGCCCGAGCGCCAGCUUCAGGCUCCUUAUAAGGCUGCCUGAGGAAGGAGGCGGGUGCGGAAAGCCAGAUUGAAAAGAGGGUCGGCCAGUCAGGUGCCCGCGACUUCCGGCAUGACAGCUGGAGAUCGUGGGCUGUUCCAAUCCCUGAAGAGACCCCUGUGUCCCUCAACCUGAGAUAUCUGCCCCCCAAACCGGCCACCUUCAACCGCCCUGAGGCUCCUGAACUUUCAGUGGGCCUCAAGAGCGAAGCGUCUACUAACCUCUUCAGGAUCCAACCUCGCGUCCACAUCCGACCUCCCCACCUGCCAGGAUGCACCUCUUGCCACACACACCCUCGCCGUUCACUUAGCCUGAGCCUUCUGUGUACAUGACCGACUUUGCACCCCCACAUUUCGAGAUGUCUGCUACUGGUUUUACCUUUACUCCAUCCCUUGCACACCCCUUCAUAGACGUCCCUCUCACAAAUAUUCUUGCACUUGUGUCCGUCCCGCUCCCCUCCCCCCCUUUCUCAAGCCCUCUUUUUCCAGCUUCUACAAUAGCCUGAAAUAGCCUUGUGAGGCCUGGAAGCAAGCCAACGUCAGGCUCCUAAGCGUCUCCCCAGCCAGCCCUCCCGGCCACAGAGGGCGCUGUCCGGCUUUCUAAUUGUCAGCACAAAAUGUUCCUGCUCUCGAAUUUUGGGGCACUGCGCUCGCUCCGACGGUACCCGCUACCUCUCCGCAGCGGGAAGGAAGCCAAGAUCCUUCAGCACUUCGGAGACAGGCUCUGCCGGAUGCUGGACGAGCGACUGAGGCAGCACCUAGCAUCAGGCGGUGACCAUGCCCCCAACCUAUCAUCCGGAGAGAGGAAUCAAGCCAGUGAGGAACCACCUGCUCAAACCCAGGACUCUUCCACGCUGGUUCCCACCCAGCCUCAAGCAGGAAGUGCUGGUGGCUAUUGGCCAGCACAGAACUCAGGUGCCCGUGAGGUCCUGCUGCAACUUUACAGGGAGCACCUGAACCCUGAUGGCCACAGCUUCCUAACCAAGGAGGAGCUGCUGCAGAAAUGUGCCCAGAAGACCCCCAGGAUAGUUCCUGGAAGUUCGAGACCCUGGCCUGCCCUCCGAGCUCUACUCCAGAGAAACCUAGUCCUCAGAACACAUCGGCCAUCCAGGUACGCACUAACACCAGAGGGCCUGGAGCUGGCCCAAAAGCUGGCCAAGUCAGAAGGCCUGAGCACGCUGAACAUUGGCAUUAGGCCAGAGGAGCCCCAUGGAGAGAAGUCGGCAGCCCCAGAAGCCACCUUGUCAGAACUUGGCACCAGUGAAGGUGUCAUCCAGCAGCCACCACUGGAGCUGAGGCCUGGCGAGUACAGAGUGCUGUUGUGUGUGGACACUGGAGAAACCAGAGGGUCGGGACACAGGCCAGAAAUGCUCCGAGAGUUACAGCGGCUGCAUGUGCCCCACACAGUACGCAAGCUGCAUGUUGGGGACUUCGUGUGGGUCGCACAGGAGACCAGGCCCAGAGACCCAGCAAGACCCGGGGAGUUAGUCUUGGACCACAUUGUGGAACGCAAGCGGCUGGAUGACCUGUGCAGCAGCAUCAUUGAUGGCCGCUUUCGAGAGCAGAAGUUCCGCCUGAAGCGCUGUGGCCUGGGGCACCGGGUAUACUUGGUGGAGGAACAUGGGUCGGUCCACAACCUCAGCCUUCCUGAGAGUACAUUGCUGCAGGCUGUCACAAACACCCAGGUCAUUGAUGGUUUCUUUGUGAAGCGUACUAUGGAUCUUAAAGAGUCAGCUGGCUACCUGGCCCUUUUGACAAAGGGCCUAGAAAGACUAUAUCAGGGGCACACCCUACGCAGCCGCCCAUGGGAAACCGCAGGAGAUGCUGAAUCAGGAGCAAGACCUUCUACAAACCCUCUCUGCUCACUCCUCACCUUCAGUGACUUCAAUGCAGAAGCUGUCAAGAACAAGGCCCAGUCUGUACGAGAAGUAUUUGCCCGGCAGCUGAUGCAAGUGCGUGGACUGAGUGGGGAGAAGGCAGCAGCCCUGGUGGAUCGAUACAGCACACCUGCCAGUCUCCUGGCUGCCUAUGAUGCCUGUGCCACCCCUAAGGAGCAGGAGAUGCUGCUGAGCUCUAUCAAGUGUGGGCGUCUACAGAGAAAUCUGGGACCUGCUCUGAGCAGGACCCUGUACCAACUCUAUUGCAGCCACAGUCCUCUGACCUGACCUAUACCUGGAGACACACCCAAGCACCCAUCUUCACCUCUGCCAAGGCUAGCCAGCCUUUUAACUGGGAUCCUUUGGGCUAUAAUAAAAUUGAAAUGUUUGUGGUCUCAUGA